UAGUGAUUUAGCUGACCGUUUUCAACGGAGUUCAUACGUCCUCGCCUUCUUCGACAGUGCGGCUGCUGGUAGAGCUACCAACUCGCCUGGAUACGCGGAGAGCCGAUGUGUUUCUGAAUGGCAUUGUUUUAUUGCCUCUGCCUGAGUUGACUUGGAACUCCACACAAGGAGAAAGAGAGCUAGCUAGCGCUUGCUAUAGCUAACUAGCUAAUGGCAGCCAUCUAGCCGACUCGUGUGCUAGUUACUUCCUUGUUGCACACCGGAGUGAGAUGGAAGGUGUGGAUAAGUUUGCGAGCACGGAAUUAUAGAGCCGUUUUUCUUGCAGUUGAACCCAGUGUGGUUAUGGGUUUAAAUGCUUACGGGAACGUCAAUAUUUCCGGAGAACUCGGACUUUUGCAAACUGGAGUGUCUUUGGGCCUGUAAGCUGAACAUGGAAUGGAAUGCGGCUUUCUAAGCUGGGCACUGUUGCUAGCUAGGGGCAACUAGCUGGCUAAAUUGACUAGCAUUGGCUAGCAAAUCUGGGAGAUGUUCAGUUCUGCAACACGAUGGUUCAUUAUCAGCUGGCUGACUAACUAAACCUUUUAUUGUGGAAUUCAUCGGCUUGUGGAUGUUGUGGGUGUCGGAUGUGAUGGAUUAUCAUCUGGAAUAACACUUAAAACUGAUAAAUGCCUAAUUCAGAGGUGCUUCGCGAGGGUCGGGGAAGGAGCCCCUCUGCAAAGAGGAACGCCAGUAGACAGGACAGGCGCAGUAAACCUGGAAGCGGUGCGAGAGAGCAGCGAGAGAGGCACCGUGUGAAGGGUCGGUCGUCUUUCAGGAGAAAGAAACGCCGACAGGCCAGGGACAGAAACUCGUGGCACACCAGCACGCCAGAUGAGCCCGAUAGUGAGCGGAAAGGUACUUUAGAGAAAGAGGGUGAACUUCGGUCUGUGGUGGAGUACGAUGACGUCAGCUCUCAGUCGGAGCGCUUUUCAGGGAGCCCCUCUCCUAAACUUGACCCUCACGCUGACAGGCUUUCCAUGGAACGAUUCAGCGAGGGAGAUUUCGUUGACUAUAAUGGACCAGCAUCCCCGAACAGGAGACAUCAUAGAGACCGGGAUGUAAUACCCCCCACAAAAAACGAGCACACCAGGGGACCAUCAGAGAGAAGUAGGCAGGAGAAAGAGCCGAGAAGGAAGGAGCAUCAGAGCCGCGAGAGAGACUCCUCAAAAGUGCGCAGCGGCGGUAGUGUAAGUGGCUCAAAAAACGAUCGGGACACAACGAGGAGCAGUGACAGAAAUGGUAAAAAAGCAACUCAGCCCCAAUUGUCUGUGGAUAAAAGGGAUUCUAAACGGCACAAAAGUAAAACAAGACCCGACAGAUCUGAUAAGGAGACUCCUUCCGCCUACAGAGAUGCUCCGCAAUCUUACAGAGAUGACCGUGAAGACCUCAGGGCAUACAGGAGGAGUCCUAGUUUCAAAGCUGAAAGUCCCUAUGGGACAUCAUAUCCAUAUGGUUACCAGUCCCCCGUUGGUUAUAAUCCCUUGAUAUCAAGGAGAAGCCCGACUUAUGCGAGCAAAAGACUGUCCCCUAGUUCGGCAUACUACGGCCGGGAUGCAGAGCUUUAUGGGGCUUAUAACGUUUCAAAAUCGCCAAGUUCAUACUCAAGCAACAAACGAAAGCGGUCUCCUGCUAGCCCGGCUAACUGGCGUAGGUCUCCAAGUUAUGGCAGACAUAGUCCAUAUGAUCAAGGGGAGUAUGGUUCAAGUCCUUAUGGAAACCGUAGGAGAUCACGAAGUCCAUACCGAAAGUCACUGAGCCCGAGUCCAGAUGUCAGGCGAUCCGCCAGGUCACGUAGCCGAAGUCCAUAUUCAUCGUCAAGACACUCACGCUCUCGUAGUCGUCACCGCCAUUCUCGCUCCCGCAGCCGCCCAACUAGCCUUUCACCCAACACUGUCACCUUCAAAACCAGUCUUGCUGCCGAGCUCAGUAAGCAAAAGAAGGCCAAAGCCGCUGAAGCAGCUGCCAAAGCCAAGAACUCCAGCAACACCUCUACUCCCACUAAGGGUUCCUCAUCCACUCACCAGCCUAGUCCCAAGUCUAAUCAUACAUCCAGAAAGGGCCGUCCGCCCUCACCACCUCAGCCUGAGAAGGGCCCUAAGACACCUGUAGCCGGCCAGCCUCAAUCCCCCUCUGACAGGUCCUCCAAGAGGACCACUGAGCACCAGCCAAGCAAGGAGAGAGAAAGAGAUGCAAAGGCCAAAGAUGAAUCCACACAGCGGGAUAAAAGAAAAGCACCAGCAUCUGGACAGGGCAAAGACAAAGAGCGAGUAACUGGCCCAGUCAUCGCUACACUUUCAUCUCUACCAUUACCCCAAACCAUUCUAGAGCACAUAGACAAAGGAGAAAGCCUAAAAGACAUUACACUCUUGGGGAAGAAAAAGCCCGAGCGUAAGGCGCGGCAACUUUUGUCAGAUCUGCCUCUUCCUCCUGAGCUUCCUGGUGGCACAUUGUCUUCUCCGCAUAGCCCUCCUGAUGAGAAAAAGGUCCCAACACUUCGCCGCAGGCCCAAAAUCUGUGGGCCACGGUUUGGUGAGAUCAAGGAAACUGAGAUAGAUUGGGGCAAACGCUGUGUGGACAAGUUUGAGAUAAUUGGCAUCACAGGGGAGGGCACCUACGGACAGGUGUACAAAGCUAAAGACAAAGAUACUGCUGAAAUGGUUGCAUUGAAAAAAGUUCGACUAGAUAAUGAGAAGGAGGGCUUCCCAAUCACUGCCAUCAGAGAGAUCAAGAUCUUGCGACAGCUCAAUCACAAGAGCAUAAUAAACAUGAAGGAGAUUGUUACAGACAAGGAGGAUGCGCUGGACUUUAAGAAUGACAAAGGUGCAUUCUAUCUUGUAUUUGAAUAUAUGGAUCAUGACCUGAUGGGGUUGUUGGAAUCUGGCCUGGUGCACUUCAACGAGAACCACAUCAAGUCUUUCAUGAGGCAAUUACUUGAGGGCCUUGAUUACUGCCACAAGAAGAACUUCCUGCACAGAGACAUCAAGUGCUCCAACAUCCUGCUCAACAACAAGGGCCAAAUUAAAUUGGCAGACUUUGGCCUGGCACGUCUCUACAACUCUGAGGAGUGUCGACCAUACACCAACAAGGUGAUCACACUGUGGUAUCGGCCACCAGAGUUGCUCCUUGGAGAAGAGAGGUACACACCAGCCAUUGAUGUGUGGAGCUGUGGAUGCAUUCUGGGAGAAUUGUUCAUGAAGAAACCCAUCUUUCAAGCUAAUCAGGAGCUUGCCCAAUUGGAACUUAUUAGCCGUAUCUGUGGCAGCCCCUGCCCAGCUGUCUGGCCCGAUGUGAUAAAGCUUCCAUUUUUCAACACCAUGAAACCAAAGAAACAGUACCGGCGACGGUUGCGGGAGGAGUUUGCUUUUAUCCCUUCAUCAGCCUUGGACCUGUUUGACCACAUGCUGAAUCUCGAUCCAAGCAAACGCUGUGCGGCUGAACAGGCACUGGCCAGCGAGUUCCUCAAGGACGUGGAUCCAGACAAGAUGCCACCACCAGAUCUUCCACUAUGGCAGGACUGUCACGAGUUAUGGAGUAAGAAGCGUCGGCGACAGAAGCAAAUGCCAGAGGAACUGGCUGCCCCUAAGGCUCCGCGUAAAGAACUGGGUCUUGAUGACAGCCGCAGUAGCACUCCUCAGGGCUUCCCAUUUUCUGGAGGACUCAAAGCCCAGACUGUGGCUGCUUCUGCACUGCUGGACUCCAAGGGUCCCAAUUCGCAGUUGACCCAGGAGCAGUUAGCUGUUUUCCUCAACCUCCUUGGCCAGCCUAAGAGUGCAGGUAACACUGCCCAAUUUUUCCAGGGUAUGAGUUCUAAGGUCAACCAAGAAACUCUGCAGCAGCUCUCCAAAGUUCUAGCUCCAGCUGACCCAGAAAGACUUCCUGAGCCUCCACCACAGCCAACAACCACCAAACCACCCCAGUCCACUGCCCCUGUUGGAGUGCCCCGCACACCUCCAAUGCCGAAGCCACCAUCACCACCUUUGUCUACUUCAUCAGCCAUUGUGGAGGGAGAGGCUGCAGCCGCCACUCACACAGCCAUGACGAUGCUGCUGGCACAGCUCCUCCAAGCUCAGCAGGCUCAGAGGCAGGAGCUUAGUGAGGGUGGAGAAGGAACUGAGGGUUCUAACCCUGGAGCAGGAGCACCUGUGGCACCUCCUCCACCUCAAGAAGUCUCACAGCCCCCAGAGCCCAGCCCAGUCUCUCCAGUGUCUGAAGUAGGUGGAGUGUCCAUUCUCCCUCCAGACCAGAGACCUCCUGAGCCUCCAGAACCACCUCCACAUGCAGACUUAGACUACCGGCAACCACCCCCCGAGCCCCAGACUGGUCAUCCACCCCCCCUUCCAUCUACAGGAGGAGGUGAAGGAGGGAGGCCCCCAGAGCCAGACUACCCACCUCUUCCCAGUGCAGAAGCACCAGGAUAUGGAGAUUACAACCAUCCACCCCCUCCACCCUUCACUCCUGCAGGCUUUGCAGACAGCUACAUGGGUCACAUGUUAGGGGGAGGCCUCCCACCUCACACCUUGCGAGAGGUAUUCAGUGGGCCUGCCCAAGCCCCUGGCUCCUCCUCAGCUGCUGGGCCCCUGGCCCAAACCCACCCAGAUCCCUUCCCUCCUGGGGCAGGAGCAGGUGGACCCAGCGGUAUGAUGUUCAGUGGUGACAAGGACCACCGAUUUGAGUACAAUCACAGUCCCUUGCCUGUUGAGGGUCAGCCCAACCCCAAUGCUAUCCACCUUUACAACCACAACAUGGGUAGGAAGGAUGGUGUACCGCCUCCCCCACCUAUUCCAGCACCAGCGCAAGGGUGGGGAUCCCCUUCCCAGGCUGGUGCUCUGCCGCUUCCCCUUGGCUUCGUCCCACAUGUAAACUCAACGGCAGCAAUCAGAGGGCGAGGUUUACCCUUCUGAUGGACUGUAGGAAUGAAGGGGAACAGAACCGGCAGUGUACGGCAAUGGACAUAGACUAGAAGGACUCAAUAUGUUGAGCUCAAAGCCUCUCAGGCUAGACCAGAGGGAUGUGGAUAUGCACACUUGAUUUUUAGUAACUUAAAUCUGUGUAAGGCAUGGUAUUCCUUCUCUAUCUGGAAUGUGGAGUACGUUUUGCAGAAAGGACAGCAAAAUUACAACGGAGGAGCUUUUCUAGCUCAUACCAUUUUCAUAUUUUUUUAAUCUAUUCUGCUGUCUUUUAAAUUAAACUUUUAACUUUUUUGAGUGUACAUUUAUCGGGCCAGGUAUAUUUUAAAUCUUUACCUUAGCCUUCUUUAAUUGCCCGAGGGCAGACUAGUAUUAAUGUUUUGCACUACUGACUCAAGUAGGCGGAAACUAUUUUAGCUAUGAAAGUAAAUGAAUUGAUGUGCUUUAUCUGCACAAUUAGAAUUAUGACCACAAAUGUAGUUUCCUCUUUUUGGCCAAGAAUAUGUUGAAACAAUAACGACUCAGUCUCCUGGGUUGUCAGCAUAGGGCAACAGGACAGGGAGAGGAAAUGGUCUGUUGGUUCCAGAGAGACUGGUAGCACUUCGAUGACUGCAGUAAAACUGAAAGCUACUGAAUGACUUGAUGAAGGAGGCUGUGUUUCUCUUUAAAAUCCACAAGCCUUUUUGCCAAUAGCCAUCAUAAAAUCGUGAGUUAAAUGAAAACACAUGUAACCCAAUUUCAAAAAGGAGACAAGAAACAAUGUCUUUUUUUGUACUAAAAUGUUUUUGCUCCCCCUCCCUUUGGCAAAUGUUUAUUAAAGAAAU